AUGUUUAUACAAAGUACGGGGGCAGAUGAGAACGCAAGUCAAAUCAUCCACUGGCUUUCGAAGUUUCGAAACCAGAUACAGCACUCAACAUUACGCGCGAUUCGACUUCCGGAGACUGGGGAAUGGUUCUUGCAUCAAGCGCUUUUUCAAUCUUGGUGCCAUGAUGAGAAGCCAAACAAUAUUUUCUGGUGUAAUGGCAUUCCCGGUGCAGGAAAAAGUGUGAUAACAUCACUCGUGGUAGACUAUCUACUUAGCUCAUUUACAGAGGGUAGCGAAGGCGUAGCCUAUAUAUAUUGCGAUCCUAACGAUCUGUGUCAGCAGACACCGGUCAUGAUGAUGGCCGAACUUUUAGCCCAGUUAUUGGACUCUAAGAAGGCCAUGCCUCGCCCAGUUCUGCAGCUCUACGAAAGAUAUGAUCGCGGAAAAUGGUCACCACAAAUAGAGGAUCUUGAGACAACACUCCUGCUUGUGUGCAAGAAGUUCCGAAAGUUGUUCUUCGUCAUGGACGGUCUUGAUGAGCUGGGGGAUGGACGGUAUUGGAAUCGUCUCGUGGCAUUACUCAAAUCGUUGACCACCACUACCGUCCGAUUGUUUGUAACCAGCAGGCCACACUGGGUAGGAGUUCGUAAUAUGUUGGAUCAUCCUCAAUUCACAAUAACCGCUCACGAAAAGGAUGUUCGGAAGUACUUGAUACAUACGAUGCAGCAAGAUAACGACUUUGCUAAGCUCAUUGACGGAUCCUUACAGUCCAAAAUAAUUCGUAGAAUUAUGCAAUCGUCACAGAGAACGUUUCUAAAUGCGGCAAUACAAAUCCAAUCUCUCAUGCGUCAUACAACCCUGGCGGAUAUAGAGCUCGCAAUCACGCGCAUGUCUCUAGAUACAAGCAAACUGCUCGAGGAAACAUUAGAGGAUAUCAAGCGACAAUCGAAGGACCGUUCUAAUCUUGCGAUGAAAACGCUGACGUGGCUUGCUCACGCUAAAAGACCCAUGCUGGUCAAAGAGCUUUGCCAGGGCCUUGCUAUAUCUCCUGGGGACUGCUGCCCAAAGAAAAUCAAUCUUGUUCAACUGAAAUCGAUUCUCGACUCCUGCCUGGGGCUCGUAGUU